AUGUGGGGGCUACCUCCGAUCCCCAUGCUAACAGGGCUGGCGUGCUUCGGUAAGCUUUUGGCUGCGCAAUUGCGCUCUCAAGAACCUGUAAUCAUCUCUGCACUAUCUCUCAGGAGGGCCGUGCACGUUUCUGCCUACGACAAGAACGAAGAAGAUGACCAUGUCCGGCCAACAUUGGUCCCGGAUUACGUGAUCUCGACGCAGCCCGACAAUUAUUGGGCUCCUCACCCUAAGACAGGGGUGUUUGGCCCGACAACCGAUGAAAAGCCAGCUUCCGAUGGAGAAUCCAACUUGCCUACGAAUGCCGGUUUAGAUUCCGUUUUGGAGCAGAAAGCGUUUUUCCGACCUAUGGAGGACUUGGAAAAGCCAGGGGCACAUUAA